CGCGGCAGCCAUGUUGGUCGUGGCCAGCACAGGGGCCGGCACCAGGGGGUUAUUGAAGCAGCUGUCAUGAUGCUGGGGUUCCUGGUGUUGAGGAGAACGGCGCCGGCGCCGCAGCUCCUCCUCCGGCUGCUCAGGUCCGCAACGCUUCAGAGCCACGGAGGUGUCUCCGGCCGGAGCGUAACCACCAGGAGACGCGGGGAGCCGCAGUGGCUGAGAGCGGCCGCCGGGGGGCGCCCCGGAACAUCUUCGGCAUUACCACUUGGUCGAGGGGCAGCCACCUGGGGGCGCCGGGGAGGAUGCACCGAGAACCAGCUCCUGUCUGCUGCCCCCUGUGGACGCCUACCUAUCCCCGAAGAAACCCUCCCGGGACAGGACAGCUGGAAGGGUGUCUCUAACAGGCCCGGGCUGGGCAUGUGGGCCCUCGCCACAGCACUGGUGGUUCACUGCUACAGCAAGAGUUCGUCCAACAAAGAUGCAGCCCUGAUGGAAGCUGCCCGUGCCAACAAUGUUCAGGAGGUCAGCAGGCUAUUAGCAGAAGGUGCAGAUGUCAACACGAGGCACAAACUUGGCUGGACAGCACUCAUGGUGGCAGCCAUCAACCGAAAUGACAGUGUGGUGCAGGUCCUGCUUGCUGCUGGGGCUGACCCAAAUCUUGGAGAUGAUUUCAGCAGUGUUUACAAGACUGCCAAGGACCAAGGAAUCCAUUCUUUGGAAGUUCUGGUCACACGAGAAGAUGACUUCAACAACCGGCUGAACAACCGUGCCAGCUUCAAGGGCUGCACAGCCCUGCACUACGCUGUCCUUGCUGAUGACUACCGCACUGUCAAGGAACUGCUUGAUGGAGGAGCCAACCCCCUACAGAGGAAUGAAAUGGGACACACACCCUUGGAUUAUGCUCGAGAAGGGGAGGUGAUGAAACUUCUGAGGACUUCUGAAACCAAGUACCAGGAAAAGCAGCGGAAGCGUGAAGCUGAGGAGCGGCGCCGCUUCCCCUUGGAACAGCGUCUGAAGGAGCACAUCAUUGGCCAGGAGAGUGCCAUUGCCACUGUGGGUGCUGCGAUCCGGAGGAAGGAGAAUGGCUGGUACGAUGAAGAACACCCUCUGGUCUUCCUCUUCUUGGGAUCAUCUGGAAUAGGAAAAACAGAGCUAGCCAAGCAGACAGCCAAAUAUAUGCACAAAGAUGCCAAAAAGGGCUUCAUCAGGUUGGACAUGUCUGAGUUCCAGGAGCGACAUGAGGUGGCCAAGUUUAUUGGGUCCCCACCAGGUUAUAUUGGCCAUGAGGAGGGCGGCCAGUUGACCAAGAAGUUAAAGCAGUGCCCCAAUGCUGUGGUGCUCUUUGAUGAGGUGGACAAGGCCCAUCCAGAUGUGCUCACCAUCAUGCUGCAGCUGUUUGAUGAGGGCCGACUGACAGAUGGGAAGGGGAAGACCAUUGACUGCAAGGAUGCCAUCUUCAUCAUGACCUCCAAUGUGGCCAGUGACGAGAUCGCACAGCACGCAUUGCAGCUGAGGCAGGAAGCUUUGGAGAUGAGCCGGAACCGCAUCGCUGAAAACCUUGGAGACGUCCAGAUGAGUGACAAGAUCACCAUCUCAAAGAACUUUAAGGAGAAUGUGAUUCGCCCCAUCCUGAAAGCUCACUUCCGGAGAGAUGAGUUUCUUGGACGGAUCAAUGAGAUCGUGUACUUCCUUCCCUUCUGCCACUCAGAGCUUAUCCAGCUAGUCAACAAGGAACUGAACUUCUGGGCCAAGAGAGCCAAACAAAGGCACAACAUCACACUGCUGUGGGACCGUGAGGUGGCAGACGUGUUGGUUGAUGGCUACAACGUGCACUAUGGUGCCCGCUCCAUCAAACAUGAGGUAGAGCGCCGUGUGGUGAACCAGCUGGCGGCAGCCUAUGAGCAGGACCUGCUGCCCGGGGGCUGUACUCUGCGCAUCACUGUGGAGGACUCAGACAAGCAGCUCCUCAAGAGUCCUGAUCUGCCCUCACCCCAGACAGAGAAGCGUCCACCCAAGCUGCGACUGGAGAUCAUCGAUAAGGACAGCAAGACCCACAAACUGGACAUCCGGGCACCACUCCACCCUGAGAAGGUGUGCUAUACAAUCUAGCAUCCACCUGUACGUGCCCUGAACAUCCAAUAAAGACCCCUUGCUGUGGCAUGGCAACUGA